AUGGAGCCGCCGCCACCACCGUCCGCGGCCUGGAGCCUCCAUGUAUCCGCCGGCCGGGAAGGGAAGCCCGAGGGGACCCCGGCGUCUGGGGGAAGGCUGUGUGCCUAUGCUGUGGAGGUGAAAGCAGGACGGAAGGAGCCCUGUGUCCUGAGCCUCUCCCAACGCCACGGGCAGUGCGAGUUGAUUAUCCAUUCACAGGAAAAGGACCCGUCUGACCAGGAUAACAUUCCCAUCAACAGCCGUUUUAGAUGUGUGCAAGAGGCUGAAGAAACUCUGUUGAUUGAUAUAGCGACAAACACUGGCUGCAAGAUCAGAAUACAGGGAGACUGCACACCAGAGCGCCUCUUUGAGAUCCCCGAUGAGGAACGCUGCCUGGGGUUCCUCACCGAAGUGCUGAAUGUACAAGAAGCCCAAUCGAAAGCGCCUCUUCCUGAGCACAGCGAGCCAGCCAGCUGGUAUCAGGUGGAGAAAAACCUCCCAGCUCCUCCUCAGUCAUCUGUUUCAGGGGUUCUAGGCUUUGAAGAUCAUUUCAAUGCCAUAAGUUUGGAGAAGAAAAGAAACUUACAAAACCAGCAAAUGGGAUCUCGCCGGGAGCCCCCGCCCCCUCCUCCUCCGCAAAAUAGGCAGUUUCAUCGAGAGAGGGAAAGUGUGGCCAGAGACCAGCCAAAAGUAACCAACACCAUGCGCAAGCUGUUUGUGCCCAACACGCAGUCUGGGCAAAGAGAGGGUCUCAUCAAACACUUGCUUGCCAAAAGAGAGAAGGAAUACGUUAACAUUCAGAGCUUCAGGUUUUUUGUGGGAACGUGGAAUGUGAACGGCCAGUCUCCGGACAGUGGAUUGGAACCCUGGCUAGUCUGUGACUCAGACCCCCCAGAUGUCUACUGUAUUGGGUUCCAGGAGUUGGACCUCAGCACAGAGGCUUUUUUCUACUUUGACUCUGUGAAGGAGCAAGAAUGGCUGGCUGCUGUGGAGAAGGCCUUGCACCCCAAGGCGAAGUAUAAGAAAGUGCAGGUGGUCCGUCUGGUUGGGAUGAUGCUGAUUGUGUUUGCCAGGAAGGAUCAACUGAGUUAUAUCACAGAUAUCAUGGCAGAGACUGUGGGGACUGGAAUAAUGGGGAAAAUGGGUAACAAGGGCGGUGUGGCCGUGAGGUUUGUAUUCCACAACACCACCUUCUGCAUCGUCAAUUCCCACCUCGCUGCUCACGUGGAGGACUUUGAGCGACGGAACCAGGAUUACAAGGAUAUCUGUGCCCGGUUAAGCUUCCUGCCCCCUGACCAGGGCCUGCCUCAGCUGAGCAUCAUGAAACACGAUGUUGUCAUCUGGCUGGGAGACCUAAACUACAGGUUGUGCCUCCCUGAUGCCAGUGAGGUGAAAACUCUGAUCAGUAAGAAUGAGCUUCAGAAGCUGUUGACGUAUGACCAGUUGAAUAUUCAGCGGACUCAUAAGAAAGCUUUUGCUGAUUUCACAGAGGGAGAAAUUAAAUUCAUCCCCACGUACAAAUUUGACUCUAAAACAGACCGCUGGGAUUCCAGCGGGAAGUGUCGUGUGCCAGCCUGGUGUGAUCGAAUCCUCUGGAGAGGGGGGAACAUUAAUCAGCUCCGGUACCGCAGUCACAUGGACCUGAAAACCAGCGACCACAAGCCAGUCAGCUCGUUGUUCCUUAUUGGGGUGAAGAUUGUGGAUGAGCAGAGGUACCGGAGGUUGUUUGAGGAUAUUGUUCGCAUGAUGGACAGAAUGGAGAAUGACUUCCUUCCUUCAUUGGAGCUUAGCCGGAGAGAGUUUGUGUUUGAGAAGGUGAAGUUCCGGCAGCUACAGAAGGAGAAGUUCCAGAUCACCAACAACGGGCAGGUCACCUGUCACUUCUCCUUCAUCCCCAAACUCAAUGAUAGCCAGUACUGUAAACCAUGGCUUCGGGCCGAGCCCUGUGAGGGGUACCUGGAGCCGAAUGAGACUGUGGACAUCUCCCUGGAUGUGUAUGUCAGUAAGGACUCUGUGACCCUCCUAAACUCAUGUGAGGACAGAAUUGAGGAUAUCCUUGUCCUUCACCUGGACCGAGGCAAGGAUUACUUCCUCACCAUCAGUGGGAGCUACCUGCCCAGCUGCUUCGGCACCUCCCUGGAGGCUCUGUGCCGAAUGAGACGACCAAUCCGCGAAGUUCCUGUCACCAAACUUGUCGAUCUGGGAGAAGACAGCUUCCUAGAAAAGGAGAAAUCACUUUUGCAGAUGGGCCCCUCUGACAGCGAGAGACCCCUGCAGGUGCCCAAGGAGAUCUGGCUACUGGUGGACCACCUGUUCAAGCACGCUUGCCAUCAGGAGGACCUGUUCCAGACGCCUGGCAUGCAGGACGAGCUGCAGCAGAUCAUCGACUGCCUGGACACCAGUAUCCCCGAGACAAUCCCGGGCAGCAACCACUCGGUGGCUGAGGCACUCCUCAUCUUCCUGGAGGCUCUGCCGGAGCCGGUCAUUUGUUACGAGCUGUAUCAGCGAUCCCUGGACUGUUCCCACGACAGUCGGCUGUGUCGACAGGUGAUUUCUCACCUGCCCCGGUGUCACCGCAACGUGUUCCGCUAUCUGAUGGCUUUCCUGCGGGAGCUCCUGAAAUACUCGGAGGACAACAAUGUCAGUGCCAAUAUGAUUGCCACUCUGUUCACCAGCCUCCUUCUGCGACCUCCACCCAACCUGAUGUCAAAACAGACUCCACAAGACCGCCAGCGUGCCAUCAGCUUCCUCCUCGGCUUCCUGCUUGGGGGGGACGAGGAGUGACCUCCCUGCCCCCGAUGCGUGGGACCUACUGCCUGUGGUUUGGUGGGGGCCAGGCCCACCCCAUAGCCCUGGAGGUGGGUGGGGGGAAGUCUCUAAGCUAUGCUACAGGUUGUGUUUAUCGUCAGAAAGGAAGUGGCCUCCCAUUCUACCCCCUGCUGUACUUACACUGCAGAGGACUUGUAAACUCAUCACACUGCUACCCAAGCCACAGCCCUCCACGGGACGGGGGCUGUGCGUGAGCCCGGCUCUCUGGGGAUGUGCUGGUUCAUCCCCCAGCAUCCCUUCCCUGCCAGUGGAGUUAUUUAUGGGAAGGGCAGACCAGGAGCUCCCUGAGGGCCUGGAGGUUGGCCAAGGUGUCCCCUGGCUGGACUCUGCUGCUCUGUGUGUAUAUGUAUGUGUACACACUGACACCUGUGUGUCUUGCCAGCUGCGCAAAGGGGCUUCCCUGAGUGUGCAUCCCUUGUCUUGGAUCCAGUGUGUGCCAGCAGCAGCACUGAAAGGGUUAAUCAGUCCUUUGGCCUCUCCAGUCCCUUCAGCGCUGCAUAGCCUUUCCUCUCCGCUCUGUUGUUUGUGUAAUGCGGCCUCUGCAUUGCUCACCCUGCCCUUCCCCCAAGCAGGGUAGCCUUACUCUGGCUUGUUGGCACCUGGCCCAGUGCUGGGGCAGUGAGCAGGGGGGCCCUGGCCCGGCUUCUGGGGUGCCAGUGGGGUUGCUGGUGGAAUAAUGGGGUGAUGGUGCAGCCUCACUGGGGAAGGCUGCAGGGAAGGGGGAGGCAUCUGUGGAGUUGGGUUGGGGGGGGACAGUUUAGUCUCCUGUGAGAGCGGGGCGAGGGCUCAGCCUCCUGGGAGUGGGCUGGGGUAGCUCAGUGGGGCUGUGUGGGCAUUUGGCAGGUCAGAAUGCUGCAGCCAGGGGCUGCGGCAACCCUACAGCCUCCUUCACGCUCGCCCAUGGUACGCUCCAGCCCUCCGCUGUCAGCCACCAAGGAGGGGUCCUCCUUCCUGUGUGCGGUGCUUGUUGGGCCCCUGCCCCAGCCCUGUGCUUUUUGCUACAGCUGAGCCCAGCACCUUGCUCCUGCCUCUGCAUGCUGGGCCCACUGCUGUCAGUGCAGAGCCCUUGCCCUGCUCUCCAAGGGGAUGGAAGAUCCCAGCCUCUUUGGCACUUGUUCCCCUUUAUGUGCUGAUGUUCUCCCCUCCUAGGGCUCAGCUUUAGGUGGGGGGAUGUGCCAUGUGCCCUGCCCAGUGCCUGGGGAAGAGACUAGUUGGGGCCUACAUCAUUCACCCCUCUGCUGCUCCGUUUCCCCUGGGGCAGGGAGGAAGAGCUGAAAUGCUGGGAGGGGGGGUGCUGCUCCCAGUAUCAGUGCUGGUGGGGUUCUCCGAGCUGUGUGCCUCCUGUCUGUGUCUGAGGCUGGGGAGGGGUGCAUGCGGGAGGGGGUCACCAGAACACUAAGACCUACCAGCUUUGGCCAUAGGCCCAGCCCGGGCAGCUCCAGCACCAGGAGCUGAGGUGUGGGCCGGAGCCACAGGAGAAAGGAACCUCAGGGCCCAGGCAACUCAGUAGUUUGGGGGAAGGGAAUGGGUCCUGGUCAGCAGCAGACCCUGGGGAUUCAGUGUCUCUGGUAAGUGUCUGGAGGAAGAUCCUACCUCCCCCCCCCCCACACACACACAAUGCCAGGAGAGGGGAAGGCCCAUAUCCCCCAGCCCCCCAAGAGAAGGCUCUGCACUCAGGCUGUCCCGUGGGGCUCUCCCCUCUGUUUCCUGUGCUGCUCUGUGUGUUGUCCUGUUGCUCGGAGCUGCCCGGGGCUCCUGUACCUUGGGCUGUUUCUUUUUUAUUACAUAAUUUAUUAGAAAACUGUUUAUUCCAAAUAAACCUCCAUUGUGCAAUGA